CUGGUCCAGAACAGCGGAUCCACUGACGUUGUCAAGCUUCCAUUUUGCCUCACGUUUCCAUUGUUGAGGAUCACGUCGUUCCAAUGAAUCUUCGGUCAGCAAUUGAAACAGUCACCAUGAACCCAAUCCCAAUUCCCGGUCAUAUAUAUAACCCCCCCGACCACAGCCACUUCGGCAAUCCUCCCAGCUGACAAAAUCGUGUCAUCAUACUUUCGUCUUUCUUAUCAGAUCGAUCUAAUCACUGGCCAAUGUGCUGCCGGCAGUCAUGGCGCUUGAAUCCCUCCCAACAGAGCUCCGUAUCCUUGUGAUCCAACAGCUCCCCGAUGUCCAAUCCCUUAAGUCUCUGGUUCACGCCUCCCCGAUCUACUACAACACAUAUGCCCUUUCCAAGAAGAGACUCCUCCAUGACAUCCUCCAACGACAGUAUGGUCUCGUAGACCUGGCCGAGCCAGUGGCCGCCAUUCGCUCUCAAGGUCUCCAUGCCGACGUACCAGCCAACCGAGAUCAGAUUGUCACUCUCCUCGACCGUCGCCGUCGUCAUGGCGAGCUACCAGGUUCCGAAAACGCCCCCGCAGACAUGGAGGAAUGCUUACGUCUCUCCCACUUCUACCGUCACCUUGAACACCUCCUCGACGUCUACUGCGCCCAAGCUUCUUGCCCACCUGGCGUGUCGCAAGAAACAUGGGACCAGAACCGUCCCAUUAAUCCCUCCAACACUGAAAAAGCCCGCAUCAUCCGUGCCCUCUGCCGUCUCCAAACCUACUGCAACAUCUUCGGCGCCCGAGAAUGGAGCGAAGAACACCAACAGACCGACGUAUCCUCCCCCUCACAACCCCGCUUCAAGCGCAGAUCCUCCAGCUGGUACCGCAACUUCAACCUCCAUGAAAUGUGGGGUAUGAUCUUUGGCACCAUGCCCCCCUGGGAGGUCGAAGAAUUCGGCUGUCUCUGGGUCUUCCUCCAACAGCAGUACACGGAGAUCUUUUCCGAGAUUGCCCAGGAGUUCCCACGAAACAGUCACGAAUGGCAAUCUCUCCGACCCACGGUCGACGGCAUGGAACUGUUCCCCAGCGUUGACGGCGAUGGAAGCGACGGUAACGACUACAACGAUUACCGCAACCAUCUGGUCUCCCUGGGCCCAUCCUUCCUUUACAAAGUCCUCCGUCAACCGUCCUACGAGGCACGCCGCAACCUCAUUGCCUGUAAUGCCGUCUCCUCCAAAUCCUCCUUCAUGAUCCUGGUCGAGGUCUCCCGGGACCCUCCGUCCCUCCUGUACCCAGCCGACAAGUACGAAAGCGAAGACAUCGGCAGAACCCUCCCGCUGAUGCCGGCUAUUGAGCAACCUAACAGUGGCUGGAAGCACCACUGGCACGGCUACGGGCCUAUCCACCGCGUCCGGGAAGUGGUCCGCAGCGACAACCUCCAGGAACCGUGGAUUGAGCGGACGAUCGGCAACUCCGCCGGAUGGCAAUGGGGGUACGCGAUCUGGGACGAGGAACGAAAUGCGGCCGGUCACCGCCUAUAAAUUCCGUAGGGAACAGCAAUCGUCUCUUAGAGAGAAAAAAAAAGAAAACAAAAAGGAAUGCAUCAUCCGUGAAUCGAACACGGGCCUCAUCGAUGGCAACGAUGAAUUCUACCACUAGACCAAUGAUGCUGACUGAGCUAUUGGCUCUUGAUGAAGUUUAUUGGGCUCUAAUUGCAUCUGUGGCGUCUUGAUUUUUGGGCUUGCAUAUGGGUUUAGCUGGUUUGACCCAUCAUAGUACGUUUUAAUAUGGAUCAAAAAGUUGUGAUUAUUUCUUGUGGCGGAACAUGAUAUUAUGGAUGAAAAGUGGGGUUUGAAGAUAUCCAGCUUACGAGCUCUUGCUGAAGAUACCAAGGUAGAGCUAGAAUUGAGAAUAUUUCUCGGCAAAAUUGCGAUCUUUAUAUAUAUUCCGUACACACUUUGACUCCGCUACCCCAAAUUGAGAUAAAACAAAACAACACAAUAAUUCAACGAAGUCAGCUGAUUAUCCGGUAUUCUGUCAUAUCACAAUAAAAUUACAGUUGCUUAUAGAUAUGCACAGAGUGUAAGCCAACACCCAAAGUAACCACCCCUUGACCGGACAGAACGCCCCAUGACAGGAUAUAUGGCAUCAUUUCUUACUAGUACGAUAUCCUACAUGUCAUGAUUGUCC